CGAUAUUAGCAGCUGGACGAAGGAUGAUUUCGUAAACCUAGAAAAGACGUUGCAUCAAUGUCUUUGUCAUAUUAGAUAUCACAAUUUCGAACCGAAAGAAUUCUGUGAGAGCGUCAUGCCGUACAAAAAAUUGAUCCCUAAAGAUAUUAAGGACGAUGUCAUUCAGUAUUAUAUGGUCCCAGAAAUGAGUACGUCUCAAUGGAAGCCUCGAACAGGCACGAAAUAUCACAGUAUGAAAAUCGACUCUGUUAUCAUAGAAAGAACAAUGCUUGACCUAAUUUCCUUGUGGAUCAACGCAAGUAAAUAUUUGGCGCAUAAGAGAUUUCGAUACGAAUUAUUGCUUCGAGGUACAAGGGAUGGCUUCGAUAAUGCCACAUUCCAUAAUCUCUGUGACUAUAAGGGGCCAACGCUGAUUGUCUGUAAGCCUAGCUCGGGUAACGCAAUCAUCGGAGGUUACAAUCCUUUGAAUUGGAUAUCCAACAAAGGAACAUACGGAAACACCGCAAUCAUCGGAGGUUACAAUCCUUUGAAUUGGUUCUCUGACAACGGGACAUACGGAAACACCGACAAAAGUUUUUUGUUUUAUAUCAAAGAUAUUGAUGACCUCGAUUCCGUACAGAUUGCUCGUGUCAUAAACAGCGCAUACGCCGUGUAUUAUCAUACUUCAUAUGGUCCAUGUUUUGGCGGAACAUCAGACUUAUCUGCAAACGGUACUAAUUGGUCAUCAAGCUCUGGUUAUUAUCCCAAUAUAGGGAUACCUAGGAAUUUCUCUAUCCAAGAAUAUGAAGUUUUUAAAGUGACUAGCUAA